AUGAUUGAAAAGGGUGAAAUAUUUUUUGGUUUUUCGGCAGUGAUCUUCCGGGUUCAUUGUGCUGAUCACACGUAUUGCACUUUGAGAUUCCCACUGGAAGCACCUGCAGCAUUGAUCAAAAGAUCUGCUGCUGACAAGCUUGGGCUCAAGCAAGGGGACUUGCUCCUGGUCGAGGUCAAAUCAACAGGUGAGAGGAUCAUUAUCCCAGAUCGUCGCACCUGCGUGGCCACUGGAUUGAGCCUGAACGGGGCUCUGUUCAUCUCUCCCAAAGAGCAUCUGGAUGCUUUGACGCCGUUGCAGGAGCAAAUGGGGCCUGGCGUGAUGGACGGCACUGGUUCCUUCCUGGAGUCUGUGAGUUCCCAGGAACUUGCCUACUGGCUGACGGUCACCGACUGGGAAGCCUUCCAGUGUAUCCAUCCCGUCUCUGGGGGUUCGUUGCAACGAGAUUUUGCAGCGAAGGCACCUACCUGGUCUUUUGCUCAGAUACUCAAUGUUGCCUUUAUUGUCAUGGGAUUCAAUCAUUGCUACGAGUUAUUGUACAAAGUAUUGGAAGGAGAAUCGUUGUCGGGGCAGCCGAUGACGGGAAACCUGGACGUCUUCAUUCGUCGCACCAGUGAACUGCAGUAUUGGGCCGCGACGGAAAUCUGCCUCGCGACGAACUUAUCCAAGCGCUCGGCUCUCAUGAGGAAGUUCAUCAAAGUGGCUGCCUACUGCCAGGAAUAUGGAAACGUGAACGGGGCCCUGGCCAUAGUGAGCGGACUGUCAACCCCGGCCAUUUCCCGACUGAACCACACCUGGGAGAAGUUGCCCACGCGGAUCCGGAAAGUUUUCGGGGAGCUGGAGGGUCUCACGGACCCGUCGCGGAACCACCGCCGGUACCGGAUGUACGUCGGCACCCUCAAGCCGCCCGUGAUUCCCUACAUGCCCAUUCUGCUCAAAGACAUGACUUUCUCGCACGAAGGCAACCAGACCCUCCUUGACAGCUUGGUGAACUUCGAGAAGAUGCACUUGCUGGCGCAGAGUUUAAGGAUGAUGCGGGCUUGUCGAGCCCGGAGCUGGGAAAUACCACCGCCGCCGUCGACAAAAUCGGAAGCUGAAGUGCGAUCUUACGUGACGUCACUUCACGUCAUCGACUGCGAGCGCAUUCUCAAUCAAAUGUCUCAACGUGUCGAACCGAGAAGAUGACGAGACAGACGUUGUGCAGUGAACGACAUCUACCAAAAGUAGCAAAUAACAUAUUCGCAGAGUUUCGACGAAGAAACCUGGAGGAGGGGGUACAGCUACAGCUUUCCGCGCCGGAGGACGAUUGAGGAGCUAGAUUGUUGGACUUGAGGAAAGUGCUGUUUUCAAAGCUCAGAAUUUUUCAAAAAUUGGAUGGACAGAAACGACUUUGCUGUGAUUCGACGAAUGAAAUUUUUAGGGAUACAAAUGAUGCGGUUUGCAUUUUUUUUGUGAACAUCGCGUCUGUUAUUGUCGCUUUAAUGAGUGAAAGUUGUUUUUUGUGUGCCUCCAUUGCGCGCGAAUGUUCCUUGAUCGUUGGUACCUGUUCCGUAAGUGUGCUUCGUUUUAUCCCCUUUUAAAUACCUGAAGACGACUUUAGAUACGCUAAAAGGAAAGAUUGAAUCAUAUCUCAAGAUUGGCCGAAUUUGAACGUUCGUUGCUGAGAAAGAAGCAGUUGUGUACAUAUCUUUACAGCAACUCGAUAUAAUUUUGAACCUCGUGUGUUACGUGUACCGUGUUUUUAUUUUCCUUUUUUAUUUCCGAAAAAGUGAAGUUUUUUCCGGCGACUAUCAUAUAGAUGAAUCGCGGAAAAUGGGCAUUUCGAUUAUGGGUGAUUCGUUGAUGUGCUUUGCGGUUAUAUUUGAACCUCAAAUGAGUCUAUUUUGAACGGUCCUUUACACGUGUGAUGCACGUGUGAUGUGUAUAAAAUAGUUGUUUGAUGCGAGGAUCGGAAUACCCAAAAAAAACCUGGUGAUGAUGUCUCCUUCAUAUUGUUCCUGAUGGACCCUUUUUUUUGGAAAUUAAAGGCGUAUUCUUCCCCUU